AAGAACCCCAGCCGUGCGAUCAUCUCGGCACUAAUCACUCCACUUACGCGCUAAAUAAAACUCGGUUACUAAAUUAAACUUCAUCUCUUUACUUCCACCUCUCUGCUUCAGCGCGAUUCUCGGUGCAUUCGCCGACGGAGAUUAUCCGGCGAUCGCAGUCUCAAACUACUGAAAAGCGACUUAUUCUUAGUCAUUGUUUGUUUGAAGUCCGAAAUGGCAGAAAGAGAAAAUGUCACGGAUCUUGAAUUUAAAUGGGGGCAGAAGAUAGGAGUUGAUUGCCUACAAAAAGAAGCCCAGUUCUAUAAAUCUUUUACAUAUGAUGGUACCCAGUACACCCUCUAUGACUGUGUAUACCUGUUCGAAGAAGGUGUACCCGAGCCUUAUAUUGGCAAACUGAUAGGGAUAUGGGAGACUGUAGACAAAACAAAGGAAGUGGAUGUUCAGUGGUUCUUUCGCCCAGUCGAAAUUUUAAAUUGGCUUGGAGAUCAGACACCAAUGCCGAAAGAGAUUUUUUUAGCUACUGGUGAAGGCAUUGGUCUUUCAAAUGUUAUUCCUUUGGAAGCAAUUGCUGGAAAAUGCUGUGUUGUCUGCACUUCAGAGGAUAUUAGGAACAGGCAACCAUCAGAGGAGGAAACUAAAAUGGCUGACUACAUAUUUUACCGCACUUUUGAUGUUGGACUAUGUACUAUAUUGGAUAAGAUGGAGGAUAGUGUUGGUGGUCUUGAAGUCAAAUACGUAUUUAAUAGAGAAGAUGGCAAAAAUGUGAGUGAUCUGCAAACAUAUGGUUCCAGUAAGGUGGAGGUGGUUAGUGAUACAGUAGCUUGCAAGGGUAAAAAUAAGCAUCUCAUACCAAAUUCCUCCGACGAGCUUAAGUUGUUGGAGACUUGUGAAAAUCGUGACAACUCUGUGGUCAUCAAAGAUGUAUCAGCAAAAUCCGAAUGGGUACGCGGUGAAAGCUCUGAUUAUAAAUCUGGUAAUAACACAAAUGUGUUGGUUGUCACUAACAAAAAAACUCAAGCACACGCUUCUGGCCAAAGUGUAAAAUCGAGUGAAGUUCAUUCUAUGGUGGAUGGGGUUAAAAAGGCUGGUUACAAUAAAUUAAGGGCCAAGGAGAAGUUAAGUUCUGAUGCUUUGCAAGAUAAGCGUGCAAAGAAAGCAAGGAUAUGUAACUCCACUAAACCAUGUGAAGACAAGAUUAGUAAUCUUGCCAAGAAUUCACUGGUUCAAGCUGAUAACUCUACGAUGCAUGCUUUUACUUGUAAAGACAAAACAAAGUCUGAUGGUAAGGAUCUUGGACUUAACAAAGGAGUUAGUGUUGCUAAAAAUGGUGGAAUUUUGAAAAACAGACCUACUGGAAAUUCAAAUGACAAGCCUUCUAAUCCAGCAAAAAAGAUUGUCACCUUUAAAGACACAAAUGAGAAGGAUUUCAUAAAAAGUAACAAUUACGCGGGAAGAACCUCAAAAUUGAAUGUCACUUUUAAAGACAGAAAUGCAAAGGAUUUCAUAAAAAGUGAUAAUCAUGCAGGAAGUACCUCAAAACUCAUGAAGGACUCUGUGUUGAAAAGCACUUCUAAGGAGCGGAUUAAUGAGAAUACGAGAAAACUUUCCAGCACGUAUGCGACAAAGAUUGAGAAUAGAGAAGAGAUUGAGAAUAGAGGAAGAGAGCAAAAGGUUUCCCAAAGAUCCGAUGUUGACACGGGCAAUUGGUAUUCCUCGAUUAGUAGAGUGCAAAAUGCUCAAGGGAAUGGAAAGGUAUUGUUGCUGUGGAACUUGGAUCCGAACUAUACUUCGAGAGAUGUUAAGGAUAUUAUUGACGAUUCCUUCCAGACGAACUGUGUAGCCAUAAGGAUACCACGCACUAGAAUAUCCAGCCCACAUUCAGGUGAAGCUCUUAUAAUGUUAACUAAUGUCGAAAUAGCUAAGAGGGUCUUUAGAAAGUUGAGUGAAGGAUGUUUAAUGCUGCCUAACGGAAGGCCACUCGUUGCCACCAAAGCACCUCCUAUACAUUUUACGGAAGGGCAGCAUGCCUAUUUUGGCCACCUUGUUAUCGAUAGCAUUAAGCUGCAAAGGAAUGCGAGAGAUGCUGUGUCGACUUCACAUUGCUCACAACCAAAUACAAUUGAAUAUACGAUGGCAAUGGAAUGGUGCUUGCUACAAGCGCAAUUUGACAGGAUUUGGGAGGGUUUGUACAAGCAUCAUAAGGAGGACAUGAGAAGAUUGAAGAGAAAUCUCAAGUUAAAAUGAGCACCGAGCGAUGUACAUUCAUCCAUCUUUUCGCUAGUUCAAGAUUUUCUAGAGUAUCCUAUUCCCAGCACUUUGUUAGCUAGAAAAAUCUUAAAAGUUGUGGCAUGUAUAGAAUCAAAUGUUAACCUUUUUUUAGAAGUGUUGCUGCAUAUCAUAUCUAUGCAUUUUGAACUCACGUACCUAAACAUAUCUCAGUUGCCUUGUUUCUCAAUUAUGUUCUCGUAGCUUGA